GUAUCUCACCCUUCGUUCACUGAGAUCUCUCGCGCGGUCCCCCUCCCCACACUUACCUUGGUCCUAUUUUAAUUCCAGCGUCCCUCAUCCCUCCCGACACUGUCUCCGAACGCCCCGAAUCGGCUUCUUUCGUUACACAUCCCGUCCCCACGGCUUCUCACGCCUCCCCGCCGGUUCUUAUUGGCAAGCGCCUGCUCCGGCUGAGUCAACAUAGGCAGAAACCUUCCCCUCGCCAUUGACCCGUUAUUUCCGGUCAGGGACACCCAAGCCCUAUUAGUACCUGCAAAGUCGUGAGGAACAAACCGUGGGCUCUCCCCGAAUUUCGAAUCAUCCCGAACUGGGGAGGAAUCAGGGUGGCUCAACGUACAUUGAAACGUUCCAAAAAACCUCGCACGCUGUACGCGAUGCUCAAAAAGAAGACUCUAUACCCUCCUCUCCAUUUCUGGCAUAGUACUCCCACAUCCACUCCUGAACUCUCUCCCACAUCGUCAUCUUCGGACAGUGAGUCAGACGAGGACAUGGACCUAUCUGGUUCACGUCCGUUGAGUCUGACCGUUCCGGCGGGUGCAUUUUGUCCCAUGCGUCCAACCUUAGAUGAGGUGCUUGCAAACACGGCACCCGCUCCUUACACCCUCAGCGCUUUUAUGGCCUACCUUUCCCAGAACCACUGCUUGGAAACGUUGGAAUUCACCCUCGAAGCGAAACGGUACCGGGAAACGUACGACACUCUCAGCCAGCAAUUGAGUGAAUACCCUAUCGUCGCCGAAUGUCCGGAAAGCCAACAUCUGCGGAUGCUUUGGCAGCGACUUCUGACGGCCUACAUCAUUCCCGGAUCCCCCCGCGAGAUCAAUGUCUCCAGUGAAGUCCGCGACGAUAUUCUUCGACAGGCUAAUUCGACCAUCCCCCCUCUGCCCGAGACCCUCGAUGCCGCCGUGAAACUCGUUCACGAAUUGAUGGAAGAGUCAAUCUUCCUGCCCUUUCUGAAUGCCCACGCCGCUAGCGCCCAGGUUGUACCGCUGGCGGAGCCGCUAUUUCCGCAGGAGGAUGGGGUAACGGUGGUUUCCGGGCCGAGUCUCGACGAACAUGAUAUGAAGCGCGCCCGGUCGAAGGGACGGCGGCUGUCCCCGCGAUCGUCGAAGGAUUUUGGAUCUCCGACUUACUCGUCCAGCCACUCCGGGCGCUCAAAUUUCUCCCUCAGUGCCAUGACAUCCAUGGGAAAAUCUAGCCACCGGCAUUCCAGUCACACUUCUAGCGGCAGUGGUGACUGCUCGGCUGGCCUGACGGACGACUCUGGCAGUUUACAAUCCCUGAGCACCGGCGAACCGAUGACUCCCCCGACGACGCCCCCAUCCAGUGACGCCCACGGUCUGCAUCUGGCUCACAGCCCGAAGCAGCGCACCGAUAACCCAUGGAAGAAAAUGGGGAUGAAGUUGGGCUUCAAGAAGCGUUCGAAUACCGGGAGCUCGGGGAGCAACAAACUGUCUGGCAUGGACGAAUGACUCGCCAUGUGUCAUUUAUUUCAACAUCUCUUCCACC